AUGGACAUCAACAAGGUCACACUUGCUAAUCAAAAUGCUGCUAAAACCAACUAUCCCAAGACAAAGGAUCCCAGGCUGGUGAAGAAAACGGCGAAUGAAGAAAAGGAUGCAUCACAAAAUUGCGCUCGAAAAAGGAAAAUAUUGUGCAUCAUCUCAAUUAUUGCGAUUUCUUCGCUGGUCAUCGUCGGUAUUUUGCUUCCGACAGUAAUUCUGCAAAAGAACAAAACUAACUCGUCCACGACGAAGGCGACUUCAGAACCAAGUAUGAUACCAAUGAAAGCUGUCGAAGGAAAAGUCUAUGGUGUGUACAAUACACCUGUAGGUGCCAACAGCACGGAGGCAAAGCCUGGCAAAAGUAGUGGUAAAUAUAUACCAAGAGAAUCUCCAGACAAAGCAUGUGACGGUAUGGUGUCAACUAAAUAUCUCAGUUUUGGGUCGUGUGGGGAACCGCGCCGUGAAUAUAUAAACUGUGGUGCGAAUACUGGUUUUUAUCUCGAGUUAGAACAAGGUUCAACGUUGGUGAAUGGACUGAAAAUUUGUACUGGCGACGAUGCCCCUGAACGUGAUCCAAUGUUGGUCUCCCUGGAAGGAAGUAACAUGACAGAGACAGAUCUUACCUUUGGUAGCAGUUGGACUCUGCUGUACAAUGGCGCUAGCGGACUCCAUGCAGAUCCUGGGCGAAAACAGUGUGGUCAUAUUCUGUAUUUUAACAACACAGAAGAGUACACAAGCUAUCGUUUUCUGGUGUCUGAUAUACGAAAGCCAGCGUACUGUUGUCAGUAUUCUGAAGUGAAAUUAUACAGUUUGUAA